ACCCCCUCUUCACGAGCACUGCCCAUCCACAGCAGGCGGAGGUGGGCCGUAUCGACCCGCAAGGAUUUUAGGGCCUAGCUAUUUAAUCCUGGGAGUGAUUAUCUACAUACUCGAAUAAUCAGUGAGAAGACCAUCCAGCCAAGAUGGGGAGCUUAUUUCGAAGUGAAGAGAUGACAUUGUGUCAACUCUUCCUCCAAAGUGAAGCUGCCUAUGCUUGUGUGUCAGAGCUCGGUGAACUAGGUCUAGUUCAAUUCCGCGAUUUGAACCCAGAUGUUAAUGCAUUUCAACGAAAGUUCGUCAAUGAAGUCCGAAGGUGUGAUGAAAUGGAACGCAAACUUCGCUAUUUGGAGAAGGAGAUUAAAAAGGACAAUAUUCCUGUCACUGAUACUGGUGAAAACCCUGAAGCCCCUCAACCUAGAGAAAUGAUUGAUUUAGAGGCUACCUUUGAAAAAUUGGAAAAUGAAUUACGGGAAGUAAAUAUGAAUGCAGAGUCUCUUAAGCGCAACUUUUUGGAACUAACAGAAGUGAAGCACAUCCUUCGUAAAACUCAAGUCUUCUUUGAUGAGGCUGCUCAGGGCUCGCUCGUGUCCUACCCACAGAUGGCAGAUCCUAGCCGAGAGGAAGAGCAGGUCCAACUUCUGGGUGAGGAAGGCAUGCGUGCUGGUGGCCAGGCAGCUCUCAAAUUGGGCUUUGUUGCUGGAGUUAUAUUGCGUGAGAGGAUUCCUGCCUUUGAGCGCAUGCUGUGGCGUGCCUGCCGUGGAAAUGUCUUCCUACGUCAAGCAGAGAUUGAAACUCCUUUGGAAGACCCUACAACUGGGGAUGAAGUCUACAAAUCCGUAUUCAUCAUUUUCUUCCAAGGAGACCAACUUAAAACAAGAGUGAGGAAAAUCUGUGAAGGUUUCAGAGCCUCCCUUUACCCCUGCCGGGAAACUCCUGCUGAUCGUCGUGAAAUGGCCAUGAGUGUGAUGACACGAAUUGAGGACCUGAACACUGUUUUGGGUCAAACUCAAGAUCAUCGCCAUCGUGUUCUGGUAGCAGCCGCCAAAAAUAUAAAAAGUUGGUUCAUCAAAGUUCGUAAAAUUAAAGCUAUUUAUCACACUCUGAACCUUUUCAACUUGGAUGUGACCCAGAAGUGCUUGAUUGCUGAAUGUUGGGUCCCUGUUCUUGAUAUGGAAGCUAUUCAACUUGCCUUGCGUCGAGGAACUGAGCGCAGUGGAAGUUCUGUUCCUCCAAUUUUGAAUAGGAUGGACACUUUUGAAGACCCUCCAACAUACAAUAGAACAAACAAGUUCACCAAAGCUUUUCAGGCUCUUGUUGAUGCAUAUGGUGUUGCGAACUACAGAGAGGUCAAUCCUGCUCCAUAUGCCAUCAUCACUUUCCCUUUUCUCUUUGCUGUGAUGUUUGGUGAUUUGGGACAUGGGCUUAUUAUGUUCUUGUUUGCUCUGUACAUGGUCCUCAAAGAAAAGCCACUUCAAGCCAAGAAGACUGACAAUGAGAUCUGGAACAUAUUCUUUGGAGGACGUUAUUGUCUUCUUCUCAUGGGUGUUUUUUCAAUGUACACUGGCAUUAUCUACAAUGAUGUUUUCUCCAUAUCUCUGAAUAUCUUUGGUUCUCAUUGGAGAAAUGAUUAUGGCAAGCAGCUUUUGAUGACUCACAAGGAUUUGACAAUUGAUCCAAAGGAUUCAUACUUGUCAACACCAUACCCUGUGGGUCUGGACCCUAUCUGGCAGAUUGCUUCAAACAAAAUUGUCUUCCUAAACGCAUUUAAGAUGAAAGUUUCAAUCAUCCUUGGUGUUGCCCAGAUGUUGUUUGGAGUUGUGUUAAGCCUUUGGAAUUACAGAUAUUUCAACAAGAAGUUGGAUAUCUAUCUCAUCUUCAUCCCUCAGGUCAUUUUCUUGUGUUUCCUGUUUCUGUACAUGGUUAUCCUUAUGUUCAUCAAGUGGGUUACCUAUGAAGCUAAUGCAAUGGAUGAUGCACUGAAACCAACUUGUGCUCCUUCCAUUCUAAUCACAUUUAUCAACAUGGUUCUUUUCAAACCAGCUGACAAGGUUGCUGGUUGUGAUCCAUACAUGUAUGGUGGACAAGCUGGACUUCAAAAACUUCUUGUGGUUGUGGCGCUCUUGUGUGUUCCCUGGAUGUUGUUGGCCAAACCAUUAUACAUAAUGCGCAACCAGAAAAAAGCUCAUCUUUUAUUAAAUAAUCAUGUGAACGCUGUUGAGGAAAAUGGUGGUGCAGCACAUGCAGAUUUGGAGAGCGGUGUACAGAAUGCUCCUGCAGCCCAGCCACCAGCUCACAAGCCAGGAAGUCAUGAAGAAGAAGACCCCACAGAGCUUUUCAUCCACUCUGGAAUUCAUACCAUUGAGUAUGUUCUGGGAUCAGUAUCACACACUGCAUCGUAUCUCCGUCUGUGGGCCCUCUCCCUUGCUCAUGCUCAGCUCUCUGAAGUAUUGUGGCAAAUGGUUAUGAGGCUUGGUCUCCAAGCAGAAGGCUGGUUGGGUGGAAUCAUGGUGUUCGUCAUGUUUGCCUUUUGGGCGGUCCUCACUGUGAGCAUUUUAGUUUUGAUGGAAGGAUUGUCAGCAUUCCUUCAUACAUUGCGUUUGCAUUGGGUGGAGUUCCAGAGCAAAUUCUACAGUGGAACUGGUUACAAUUUUUCACCCUUCUCCUUUGAAGUUAUUCUUGACCAGGCAGCCAACAGCAAUGAUGAUUAAUAAUAUUUCUCUGAAGAUCUAAAUAAAAUGUGCAUCAUAUUAAUCACAAAGUUUUAAAGUGAAAGUAACUUUAGCAGCCUGGUGAUUUUACUGUCUUAGGUAGAAAUUUGCAUUUAUUAGUUCAGAACAGAAGUUUGAUGCUUAAAGUACAUCUGUUACAAAUCUUAGCUAUUUGAUUUCUGCCAUAUUUGUGUAUAUUAGCUGAUUCAGCACAAUUCACUUGUUUCACUUGAAUGUUAUGGUUGUUAGGUGCGUUGCUCAAGUUCAAUUUGUCAUCCCAAGAAGUUUCAAUUGAAUUUGGAGUUUGGAAAUCAUACUUUUAUUUUAAGUGAAACAUUGUAUAAGCCAAAUAUUUCCUCAUGUAUUUUAAAGUAGCAUUUUCCCUUUAAUCUCAAUUAUUUUGUAUCUAUGCAAUCUCUUUAGAAAAUGCUUUUAAGCCUCUUUAAUUAUCUACUAUUGUUGCGUAAAUUAAAGUGAGUCAUGUUUUGUGUAGGGGUACGACUUAAUGUACUUAAUUGUAAUCUCAUCCCAUUGUCAUAGCAUUAAUGUUGUGCCGUGGGUAAAAUUCGAAUCUUCGGCCCCAAAUAGGUUUGUAAUGGCAGUAUUAGUGGCAGGUAGACUCUAUUAUGGAAAAUCAUUCCAUGCCUUAUCAUCUGUACCAUUUUGAUUCUAAUUAAAGGAAGUGCUGUAUAAAUAUCA